GAGCGCACGUUGGAGUCAACUACACAGACAGCGAGUGGAGAUUUCUGUUUUUACCCAGGCUGGAUACAGGCUCCUUCUGCUCUGCUGCAGCCCAUCGUGGGAGCCCAUCGUUUUGUACAUACACAGAGGCUCCUGCAUCGUUUUCUUCCUGCUGGCUUUUUGGCAACAUUUGCAUUGGAUUUUUUUUUUUUGUGCGUGUUGCAUGGACUAAUUACCAGGAUGUGUGCUGCCUUUUCCAAGUGAGAUACGAGGAAAUUAAUUAGUAAGUAAAAGCUUCAAGACUAAAUCUACUGGAGAUAAAAAGGUAAUCGGGACUUCAGUGAUUUUCACCAGAUAUUCCUGCAGUUGCAGACCUCUUCUUUUACGCAGAAAUAUCCGGACUUGAGCUGUUGAAUAAUUUUGUGACUGCAGAGCCUUUUAGAUCUCUUUUUUCUCCUCACAUCAGAUGUGCCGAUUGAAAGCCUAUAGCUGCCGUCCGAGGAGGAGAUUUCCCCACAGUCUGUGAAAAAUACGCACAGAGUAAGAUGUUCAUCCAAAAUGCGACUUAAAUAUCUGCUGGCACGAAGGCGGAGAAUUUAACAAGGACUUUCUAACCCCAUCACUACAUCUGCAGAGAAGAUUGAAUUUUUUUGUUGUAUGUGUGGACUUGCAGACAUUUUCCUUUUUGCGUUCAUGCAGUUAGAUUGAAUUCCCCCUCAUUUUCAGGCCACUUGAAAAUGGACAGUUCUUCACACGAGUCGUGCAUGAUAAGAGUUGCUCGGAUUUACACGGUGAAAUCAGUGUUGUGAGAAGAUUCAGCAUGUUUUCACACAUCCGUCGUCCCCAAUGUUUCGUCCGCUGCAGUAGACCGGAGGAUGUGCUCUGCCUGAGAAGAGUGAAAUAGGCUGAGGCACUUGUUAGAAUUAUAGCUUCCACAUCAUGAUUUAAUUUGCGCACACGAGAGACAUUCGUCACCCAAACACUUCUGAGGACGUUUCAAUGAGAUGAUUCACUUGGAACAUUUUUGCUGUUUUCUCUGACGAGCCUUCUUUGUGCGUAAUUAUCAAGGUUUUUUUUUUUAUUAGGAAGAGAGAGAAAAAAAGAUCAACAGGUACAAUGCAAACCAAGGAGAUGGAUUUAAUUCAAUUAAUCGCCGUGUUCGUUUUACUUUGGGUCGGGGCUGAGGCGGUCAUCAACCUGAAGUAUGGAAUAAACGAGGAGAUGAAGCCCGGGUCAGUGAUUGGAAACGUGACAAAGGACGCGCUAAAGCAAGGAUUUCAGAUUGCACCGCAGCCCCCAUACUUGAGGGUGAUUUCCAAUUCAGAGCCGCGAUGGGUGGAACUGAGUCCAGCCGGAAUCCUUACAACCCAAAUGAAAAUAGACCGGGAUGUAGUUUGUCGACAGAACCCAAAGUGUAUUAUUUCCCUAGAAGUGAUGUCAAACUCUAUGGAGAUCUGUGUCAUCAAAGUUGAAAUUGAGGAUUUGAACGAUAACGCGCCCAGAUUCCCAACGAGCCACAUUGACAUUGAGAUUUCUGAGAAUGCCUCCCCUGGUACGAGGUUUCCCCUAGAGGGGGCAAGUGAUCCGGACUCGGGGAUCUUUGGAGUGCAAUCAUAUUCCAUCACCCCAAAUGAGCUAUUCGGACUGGAAAUAAAGACCAGAGGGGAUGGGUCCAAAAUAGCUGAGCUUGUGGUGCAGAAAUCAUUAGACAGGGAGACACAGUCACACUACCAGUAUGAAAUCAGCGCAGAAGAUGGAGGAGACCCUCCUAAGAUAGGCGCGGUCCAGUUAAAUAUCAAGGUAAUUGAUUCUAAUGACAACAACCCCGUUUUUGACGAGCCAGUGUAUACUGUUAAUGUGAUGGAGAAUUCCCCUAUCAAUACAUUAGUCAUAGACUUGAACGCAACGGAUCCUGACGAGGGCACUAAUGGAGAGAUUGUGUACUCCUUCAACAGUUAUGUCACAGAGAAAACGAGAGAUGCUUUUAAAAUUGACCCCAGAACUGGGAUCAUCACUGUCAACGGUGUUUUGGAUUAUGAGACGACGCAAAUAUACGAGAUCGACAUCCAGGCCAAAGAUUUAGGUCCCAACUCUAUCCCAGCUCACUGCAAAGUCACAGUGAAUGUGAUGGAUACGAACGAUAACCCACCUGUCAUCAGUUUACUCUCACUGAACACUGAGAUGGUGGAAGUUAGUGAGAAUGCACAGCGUGGAUAUGUCAUUGCGCUGGUGAGGGUGUCAGAUAAGGAUUCUGGGGCAAAUGGAAAAGUGCAGUGCAGGCUUCAGGGCAAUGUUCCGUUCAGACUGCAAGAAUAUGAAAGCUUCUCCACUAUACUGGUCGAUGGCAGGCUGGACAGAGAGCAAAAGGACACAUACAACCUGACCAUCCAAGCCGAGGACAGUGGCAGCCCUCCUUUACGCGCCACAAAAUCCCUAGUAGUCAAAGUCACAGAUGAAAAUGACAACCCUCCCCACUUCCUCAAGCCUCACUAUCAGGAGAUGGUGAUGGAAAACAACCUCCCUGGUUCAUGUCUGCUCGCAGUAUCAGCAGAAGACCCGGACCUGGGGAUGAAUGGCACAGUUUCAUAUUCCAUAGUCCCUGGUGAGAUUAAGCACAUGGAUGUAAACACAUAUGUCAGCAUAAACCCAUCAGGCCGCAUUUACUCCAUGAGAUCGUUCGACCAUGAAUACACCAGGACUUUUGAUUUCAAAGUUUUGGCCAGGGACAAUGGUAACCCCUCUUUGUCAAGUAAUGCCACGGUGCGUAUUGUGGUGCUUGAUGUCAACGACAACACACCUGUGAUGACAAACCCCCCUCUGGUUAAUGGCACAGCGGAGGUCUCCAUCCCCAGAAAUGCUGGGGUGGGUUACAUGGUGACCCAGGUGAAAGCAGAUGACUACGAUGAGGGGGAGAACGGGCGGCUGACCUACACCAUCUCGGAGGGGGACCGGGCUUUCUUUGAAAUUGACCAGGUGAACGGGGAGGUGCGCUCCACCAGGAUGUUUGGGGAAAAUGCCAAGUCCACCUACGAGAUCACAGUGGUGGCGAGGGACCACGGCAAGCCCUCCCUCUCCGCCUCGGCCUACAUCGUGGUGUACCUCUCGCCAGACCUGAAUGCGCAGGAGCCUAUUGGACCAGUCAACCUGUCCCUCAUCUUCAUCAUCGCUCUGGGCUCCAUCGCUGCCAUCCUGUUUGUCACUAUGAUUUUUGUGGCAGUGAAGUGCAAGCGGGAUAACAAGGAGAUCCGGACGUACAACUGCAGUUUCUUCUACUUGCGCAGGGUGGCAGAGUACUCAUAUGGCAACCAGAAGAAGUCCAGCAAGAAGAAGAAGCUGAGCAAGAAUGACAUCCGCCUGGUGCCACGAGACGUCGAGGAGACAGACAAGAUGAAUGUGGUGAGUUGCUCGUCUCUCACCUCCUCGCUCAACUACUUCGACUACCACCAGCAGAGCCUGCCGCUGGGCUGCAGGCGCUCCGAGAGCACCUUCCUCAACGUGGAGAACCAGAACUCACGCAAUGCAGCUCCCAACCAUGGCUAUCAGCACCCGUUCACUGGGCAGAGCCACCAACAGCCAGACCUCAUCAUCAACGGCAUGCCACUGCCAGAGACGGAGAAUUAUUCCAUUGACGCCAGUUACGUGAACAGCAGAGCCCACCUCAUUAAAAGGCCCCCAUGUAGCACAUCGACAUUCAAGGACCUGGAGGGGAACAGUCUGAAGGACAGCGGUCAUGAGGAGAGCGACCAGACCGACAGUGAACACGAUGUCCAGAGAGGACACUAUGUUGACACUGCUGUCAAUGACGUGCUGAACAUGACUGUCCCCCCCAACGUUUGCCAGCUGCCAGACCAAGAUCCCAGUGAGGGCUUCCACUGCCAGGACGAGUGUCGCAUCCUAGGCCACUCUGACCGCUGUUGGAUGCCUCGUGUCCCAAUCCCACCAAGAGCCAAAUCACCCGAGCACGGCCGUAAUGUCAUCGCUUUGUCUAUCGAGGCCACCACAGUGGACGUGCCCCACUACGAAGAUGGCACCACCAAGAGGACUUUUGCCACCUUCGGCAAGGAUGGGCCCGAGGACGUGGAGCGGGGAGAGAUAAAGGGGAAGCGGACUCAGGAGUGCAGCCCCAAGGCGAAUGGAGGGGCUGUCCGUGAAGCUGGCAACGGGCGUGAGGCAGCCAGCCCCAUCACCUCCCCUGUGCACCUGAAGAGCCCACUGUCCAAACCGUCAUCUGCCUACAACACACUGAAAUGCCGCGACGCAGAGCGAAUCGCCAACCACAGCUUGCUGCGGCAGCCGGAGGGGAAGGACAGUGAGCCGGCUGUCAGGGAGAUCAACACGCUUCUCCACGAUGGCCGAGACAAGGAAUCCCCCAGCAGCAAGCGCCUGAAGGACAUUGUGCUUUAGCGAGCUUCUCUAUGACACCAACUUGCACACACACAUACAGUGUAAACUCACAUAUAUAUACCCCGCAAUAGCUGUGUGUUCACAGAAUGACGUCAGGCCGUGGAAGUAGAGAGACACACCCAUUUGCAGUAUACAAUAAUGAAGAACCAGCUCGGACUGCCGAUAAUGAACUGCAGUAUGCUGCAGCUAGAUGUGUACUCAAGCUGAGGUAGUGGAUGUGGCUUUGUUGUAGUCGCAGUACGUUUUCCUUGUUUGCUUUUUGUUCAGUUUUCUUUCUAUCAGUCUGCAAUGAGUGGACAGGCAGGUUACUGUUGACUGCAUGGACAUGGCCGGCAGAGCUCUCCAGCCCUUGCGCCAAAGCAGGACACUACACGUUUGGACACCUGAGGUGCCGACUCACAAGUACAGUUAUGCCUUUUGAACUACUUUUGUAUCACAAACUGAUAUUUGCCUUCUUUGGUUUUGCAGUUUGUUCUAGCUGCCAAAAUUGCUCUUUGUUCCUUUGUAUAGUGAGCUCCGUCAGUGUAAUAAGCAACAACAGACAUACACAGGAUUCAGCUAAAAAUAUUCUCAGUGCAUUCAGGAGCAGGGGAGCGAGGCCUUUCCGUUUCAUUCGCCCCUCUCCCCGACUAAUAAGAGAAACUUUCUUGCCGUAUCCCUGAGGACAUCCUAGUGUCAUCAGACUGUAAGGUCUUUACAGUAUUUAUAUUUUAUCAUGGAUGGAGCUAAAUGAACUCUCACUAUCUGCCCAGCCGCUCUGAACAUUGGAAGUGGGACAGACCGAUCCUUGUGUUCAAAUUGAGUUGUAUGAAGAAAAGACUUACUGCUUUUGAAAUCUCCUGUGCCCAACCUUGAUUGUAGCCAGUGGAGCACAAAUUAGAACUUUAUGCUCUGGUCUUGUACUUUUUUUGACUUUUGAUUAUGGGGCUAGGAUAGAAGGGAUCGUCACUCAUGUCUUGCUAUGUGAAACUCUGUAUAGGGUUUACUAUUAUCAUUUUUAAUAACCUGUUGUUAUGUGACAAUCCCUUUAAUGUUUUGUUUCAAGAGAAAAAACAAAUAAACAUUGGUGUUCAACUGAAGCUACAGUAGCGUUUGUUACACAAACACAAAAAUGAAAAAAAACAUAUAUGCCAAAAUAUAUUUUAUAAAUAAUUUAAAAAUGU